AUGGCCGACGUUUUCUCGGUCAACGACUCCACAGAGUCUCUGGACGUGGCCAACCGCUUCGCCCGCAAAGGGGCGCUAAGGCAGAAGAACGUGCACGAAGUCAAGGACCACAGAUUCAUCGCCCGCUUCUUCAAGCAGCCCACCUUCUGCAGCCAUUGCACUGACUUCAUCUGGGGGUUUGGAAAACAAGGUUUCCAGUGCCAAGUUUGCUGUUUUGUCGUUCACAAGAGGUGCCAUGAAUUUGUCACUUUCUCUUGUCCGGGUGCAGAUAAAGGACCUGACACUGAUGACCCCAGAAGUAAGCACAAGUUUAAAAUCCACACAUAUGGAAGCCCUACAUUUUGUGAUCACUGUGGCUCACUGCUCUAUGGACUUCUACAUCAAGGGAUGAAAUGUGACACUUGUGAUAUGAAUGUUCACAAACAAUGUGUAAUAAAUGUUCCAAGCCUCUGUGGAAUGGACCAUACAGAAAAAAGAGGGCGAAUUUAUCUGAAAGCGGAAGUCACAGGUGAAAAACUACAUGUCACAGUACGAGAUGCAAAAAACUUAAUCCCUAUGGAUCCAAAUGGACUUUCAGAUCCCUAUGUGAAGCUGAAACUUAUCCCAGACCCUAAGAAUGAAAGUAAACAAAAAACCAAGACGAUCCGCUCCACACUAAACCCACAGUGGAAUGAGUCAUUCACAUUCAAAUUAAAACCUACAGAUAAAGAUAGACGGCUAUCUGUCGAGAUCUGGGACUGGGAUCGAACAACAAGAAAUGAUUUUAUGGGCUCACUUUCAUUUGGGGUAUCGGAGCUUAUGAAAAUGCCAGCAAGUGGAUGGUAUAAGUUGCUUAAUCAAGAAGAAGGUGAAUACUACAAUGUGCCCAUUCCAGAAGGAGAUGAAGAAGGAAAUAUGGAACUGAGGCAGAAGUUUGAAAAAGCCAAGCUUGGCCCUGCUGGUAACAAGGUGAUCAGUCCAUCAGAUGACAGAAAAUCCAAUAUACCAUCCAACAACCUUGACAGAGUCAAACUCACAGACUUUAAUUUUCUCAUGGUCCUGGGGAAGGGUAGUUUUGGAAAGGUGAUGUUGGCUGACCGAAAGGGGACAGAAGAACUAUAUGCGAUCAAAAUUUUGAAAAAAGAUGUGGUGAUACAAGAUGAUGAUGUUGAAUGCACGAUGGUAGAAAAGAGAGUACUGGCUCUCCUAGACAAACCUCCUUUCUUAACACAAUUGCACUCCUGCUUCCAGACAGUCGAUCGUCUUUAUUUUGUCAUGGAAUAUGUCAAUGGCGGAGACCUCAUGUACCACAUUCAGCAAGUAGGAAAGUUUAAGGAGCCACAAGCAGUGUUCUAUGCAGCAGAGAUUUCAAUUGGAUUAUUCUUCCUUCAUAAACAAGGGAUCAUUUAUAGAGAUUUGAAAUUAGACAAUGUCAUGUUGGAUUCAGAAGGACAUAUCAAGAUUGCUGAUUUUGGAAUGUGCAAGGAGCAUAUGUUAGAUGGAGUCACAACCAGGACAUUCUGUGGAACUCCGGAUUACAUUGCCCCAGAGAUCAUUGCUUAUCAGCCGUAUGGAAAAUCUGUGGACUGGUGGGCCUAUGGUGUCCUGUUAUAUGAAAUGUUAGCUGGACAGCCCCCAUUUGAUGGUGAAGAUGAGGAUGAACUCUUCCAAUCCAUAAUGGAACACAAUGUUUCCUAUCCAAAAUCAUUGUCCAAAGAAGCUGUUUCCAUCUGCAAAGGACUAAUGACAAAGCACCCUGCAAAACGCCUGGGUUGUGGGUCUGAGGGAGAAAGGGACAUCAGAGAACAUGCAUUUUUCAGAAGAAUUGACUGGGACAAACUGGAGAACAGAGAAAUCCAACCACCGUUCAAACCUAAAGUGUGUGGCAAAGGAGCAGAAAACUUUGACAAAUUCUUCACACGAGGGCAGCCGGUGUUAACACCACCUGAUCAACUGGUCAUUGCUAACAUAGACCAAGCCGAUUUUGAAGGGUUCUCUUAUGUCAAUCCACAGUUUCUCCACCCCAUCUUGCAGAGCUCGGUAUGAAAAUGACCGACAGGAACAAAAACCCCAAUUCCCUGGUCCCACUCACAGUGUUCCUUAAUUCCUAAAAUUUUAAGGUCUCAGUCUUGUUGCUUAUUCCAGUUGGAGACCUGAAAAUUGUAGGGUUAGAAGUCUAAAUGUGAUCAACCAUUCAGGAUCUCACUUUCAACCAAGAAACAUCGUCUUAGUGAAAGUUGAUAUAGUACCCAGUUUAGCCUUUUAGGAGCCACAGCUGGUUGUAUGUCACUCUUACAAAGCAAACAAAUUCUUAACCCUUUUUUGGUACGUUUUGAUAUAUUUUCUUUAACUUUCACCUGUCAAUUUUCAUCAAUAGAAUUCCUCAUUAUAGAGUUCAGGUUAGAACCCCCUUUUUAUCUGAUAGGCUGAGGAUUUAUUAAAUUGAACAGUCUUUAGAAUGGAAGCAUGGCGAGCAAAGAAAACAAGCACUGUGUUGGGGAGGGGGCGCCUCACUGAACCAGGUAUUCCCGUGGUCUUUGCUAGUUAAUUAAAAAAAAAACUGCUAGAAAAGACCAAGGAGAGUGUGGAUGAUGGCACAGUUGCAAGCUAAACAUUCCCAAACAUUGGCUGUUCAUGACCCAACCACAGCCCGUCAGCUCUCAGUUUUAAAAGACCAAAAAGAAAGAAAAGAUAAAAAAGUCAAAUAUUUCAUGAAUCCAUCACAUCGCAUCUGGCUGGUUUGAUAACUAAUUUUAAAUUGCAUUUCUAUUAAGAGGCCAAAUAUUUUAAGGACAAUGCUAAGGUAGCAUGUGAAAUCAUUUCAGAUCAAAAGUAAAAAUUCCAUAUUUAUGUUCAUGUUAAUCUCUGAGAGAUUAUUCUGAGAUCCAGGGUGCCAUUGUUAAUUAUGCCACUAUUCAAGAGCGUUGUUAGCCAAUCUCACAAAACACAAUAUUUUGCUACUGACUUUAUUAACUUAGUAAGAAGCUGAGCUGUAACCCUUUUCCCCUUUUGUACUUAUUUAUUUGAUAGGCUGCAGUGUUGUUUAUGAAAGUACUAUGUACAAUAACUUAAUGAAGUAUUGAACUAGAGAGUCCAUCCCUAAAGUUGGGAAACUUUAUCCUUCUGAGUUUACUUAGAAAACAAAAAAAGGCUUCAUUUUCCAUUUCCAUUUCCCACUGAAUGAUUCACCUGAAGAUGUAGAAUCAGUUAGCCUGGAUUAAAAUCAGUUCCCCCAAACAUUUAAUUUCUAGAAGAAAUUUACUAUGUUUUGCAUCUGCAUCAUGCAAUGAAUUUUGCAUGUUUAUAAUUAAUCUUAAUCUAUACUGUUGAUAUAAUCGUAUGCAGUAUAAAGAAAGUAUUAUAAUAAUUUUAUAAGACACACUUUGUGUUAUGUUUGUGAAGGUUUUCAUUUCUAAGCAGUUUCCCCUUUGUUUAGAUUCUAGCUUCGUGUUCUGCCAUGAUUCUUUUCUCCCUCAAUGCAUCUCCUGCUGACUGUCACUGAUAUCAAGUAUAUUCUUUUUUUUUUUUAACAUGGAUCAACUAUCCAAAAUGAAUGGCUACUUUACAUAAUUUAGUUGGGCUUUUGUUGUAUCUGUCUGCUUCUACUUAUAAAACACACACAUAAAACAGCAGAGAGAGAAAGAGACAGAGAGAGAGAUUUUCUAGGCCAGAAGGUAUUAUUUUGAGAUGACACACUUAUCUUCUUAAUGCAAUCUUCUCUUUGUUGGUUCAUGCACAAUAUUUCCUCUUUGAGUUAAUGAGAAGUGAUCAUGUUCAAUCCCAUAAUUUAUGCUGACUCAGGCUCUCUUUCAGCACCUUGGGCCUUGUUUGUGUGAGUGACUUGUAGGCAAGGGAAAGGCAGAAAGGUUGCCUUCUUGGGAGGCAUGGGAAUGCCAGAAGCAUGUUGUCUGUACUGCUGUUUGUGAAAGAGGAUGCUGUUUUUUCUCAGCACGUAACAUGCUGUCAUGAGAACAAUGUUUGCCAUAUGAGAUUUAACAUUACAUCAGUCCCAGUAACAAAGGGGUCCCCCAGUUGUGCCAAAAAUAUUCCAUUCCAAAAAUGAAAAAAAAAAUAUUCCAUUCCAGAAUACAGGUUUCAUUAUGGCUGCUGGUAGAAGGGCAUGAAUGCUGUAAGAUAUCACCCAAAAGCCAGAUAGUCAAAGGAAUUUAAAAAUGAUGACUCAAAAAUAUACAAGCUAGAAGUGUCCACUGGCUCUUACAGAAGGUUUUUAGAUUUUCAUCUGUUCUUAAAACAAACACACACCCUUUUUAAAAAAAAGAAAUUAUUAGGCUAACAUAUGACCUGCUAAGAGCUCUGUGUGAUGUACUGUAACCUAUACUCCUAGGCUCUACAAUGCCUGGCAGGGGUGAGAGGACAAUCAGGAAGAGGGAAAAGCAGAGCCCCAGAAAGUAUGGUUCUGUGUCAGUCAGCUAUGGUUUCAGGCAUUUGUGGCACUGAGUAUUCAGAAUUCAAAAGGGGCUAUGGAGGAUUCAUCCUAGGGUCCUAAUAGUCUACAUACCAACAAGGAGCAGCUAUUCACAGAGUUGACUUAAUUCAAUCUUGCUUAAAGAGUUAGAUUUCAGGGUCUAGGGUAAAAACUGAUGAAAGAGCAAAGAUCAAAGAAGUAGCAAAGGAAGAGAUUAUCAUACAAGCUCUUAGAACGACUACUGGUUCCCAAGUCAUGUCAUAGAGACAGUUCCUAAUUAAAGUCCAUCUUUUUCAGGAAACAGAUUGAGAACCAUGUUUGCAGGGGCUCUUUUGAUUCCCAUACAGAUUUCCACAUACAUUUUCUCAGGAAACAAAGUCAGACAUCUUAGCCUCUUUGUAUCCUUUUCUUAAUCCUUGUAGAGUUUAAAACAGAAAAGACACUAACCUAAGGGGGCAUCCCUUUGCUCUGAAUAAGGGGAUUUUAGGCACAGCAAAUGUGCUGAGAACAGUUUUUCAAGACAAUGGUAUAGAAGUCAAUUGGAGCAAAGUGGUUCGGGGUAGGGAUUGGCACUGAAAAACUUGUGAUGUAUUUAAAUCUUAUGUGUGGGGAUAGAUGUUAGGGACAGCCUGGAAAGGCUCUUUUAGAGAGUAACUACUGAAAGCAAAGAAUUGUAUAGGCAGUUGUUAAGAAAGCUCUGACUUAAAAUAUCUGUUUACAAAACAUGUUGUAUCAAAAUUGACCAAUUUUGUGAAUUCCACGAAAUUAUAUGAGGGAGUUAUUAAAAAAUUUUAGAAUCAGAACAUCUCAGUUGAGCAGGCACUUAUGAGAAUAAAUAGGGCUCUCUGGAAGAUAAAUUUAAUUCAGCGAACAUUUAUUAAGUCCUUACUAUGUGCCAGUUAAGUACUAUAGAUGCAAGACAAAAAAUAAGAUGGCAUCUGCCCUCAAAGAGUUCACAGUCAAUGCCCCCUUGAAAGAAAUGACUACCCCAUGCCAGUGACGGGUACAAGAGCAGCUUGUAGAGCCCAGGAACUUACUAUUGUGAGUAUCAUAUCCACCUGGUAGGCUCUGACUCAUUAUUUUUCUCUCCGAAGCCAAAUGCCUUAGGGAAAAUUUAAAAGCUAUCCAUAUGGCUUAGCAUUAUUUCUCCCAGACACUGUUGAAUAGCUGUAAACCUUAAGAGGUUUAAUUCUGGGAUCCUGACAUUUUUUCUCCUGACUUUUCUUCAUAAAAGUUGAUGAGUAUUUGGACUGAGUAAAAAUUACACAACUGAGUCCUAGGUGUUAGUGGUAUGUUCAAAUCAAACGAGAAAAUGAGAAUUGAUGCAAAAAAAAGAGGCAUAAGUAAACUAUUAAUAAUGAAAUUCUCUUUUCUUAGUGCCUUUACUCCUCAAUCCCUGUGAAAUACUUAAUGCAAACUCUAACAAAACCUUUUAGAUUGGACUUACUAUUUAAAUGAGCCAUUUAAAAUAACAUGUCAUAAGUGUUCAAGGAAAUUGUUCAAAUAUGAGAGACUGAGUGAUCAAAUUCAAUUAGACUGCAAGAGUAUUUGCAGAGUGCCAGCCAUAUAUUUCUCACUGGCAGAAACAGGGGACUCCAGAACCAUCCAGGAACACCAGUCUCAGUAGAAGAGGAAUCCCCUUUGUAAAAAAGGGACAAGAACAAGACAGUAAAGGACUUAGAAUGAAAAUGAGAGAUACAAAGUCUUAAGUACCCAAGGAGUUCAAAGACCAGAGACAUCCGUGAGGGUAAGAUAAUCAUUGCUGAGGAGGUGAAAUUUGAACUGGACCCUAAAGGAUUAGUAUAUUUACUAUAUAGCACUUUAAGGAAGAAGCUCCAGCUUUUCUAAGUAAACAUUAGCUGACCUUUAUAAGUGCAAAUGUGGAAUUCUAAUAGUGCUCAAGAAAGCACUUUUGCUCUUACUCAACAGCCCCCCUCCCACUCCAAAAAAAAAUAUUUACAGGGAAAAAGAUUUUUUUUCUCCUUAUGGAGGCAAAAAUGUCUCACAUGCUGUUAAUCGUAUCUCUGUCAUUCUUCUCCCCCAACUUUCUGAUUUAAAACCAUAGCUAUUUCUCUUUAUGAAAUAGGACAAGAGUUUCACUAGGUAUGGAUCAGAGACAUCUGUGGUACCCUCCACCUUAGAAAUCAGCACAAAAAAAAAAUUGGACAUUUUCUUUCCUUUUUUUCUCUGUUGUUACCAAAAUAAAAGGUGUGAUUCUGUGGUUUUUCUAUUUAACCAAUGCAAAUUAUUAACCUCAUCUAGCAGUAUACUUUUCUUCAAUCUUAUAUGCAUUCUGUGAACAGGUCACUUUAUAUUGGAUAAUUUUCUUAUUGCUGAUACCACAGUGAUAUCCAGGGUGCCAAUUUCCCUAGCUAAGGCACCUCUUUCACACUCAUAGAAAUGGAAGUGAAGGCCUGGGCACUGAAAGAAGACAAAGUGGGUUUUGAGCCCAGUACAACAGAGCCAUGGAAGUCACCUAUUAAUAGUGCUAAGGACAGAAAGAGGACAGAAAGUAAAGGAAAAAUUGACAGGAUUUGAUUAUUAGUGGUUGUACACUAACUCACCAAUGAAUUCCUGGAAACAGUAAAAGGCCACUUACUUUUUUUUUUAAUAGCUAAUGUAUUUCUUCAGGGCCAGUCAUAACCAAUUGUUAGACGGUCUCUUUGCCUUUCUGGUGACUUUUGGGGGAGAAAAGGGAAACUUUGUCCUGUGACAUAAUGCUUAAAAGGAGAAAACUAAUGAGAGCAUAUGUGGUUGAGAAUAAUCUUAAAGAAAUUAUUGAGUAUGGUUUGUGAAAUUCUAUAAUGCCAGAAACUUUGUGUGUGUGUGUAGGGGGGAAUUAAAACUUUAAAAUGAAUUCUGACAUCAGUAUAGUCUAUGUGAUUUUGUAUCUGUUAACAACUGUUUCAGUAAAACUCAGUACUCAAACAGCCUUACCGUAACCCUGCACUAAAAUGCAAAAUGUUCAGAAAAAAUUUUUUAGCCUUCAAGAAAAAAUCAAUUUAUUAAAUUGACAUGGGAUGGCUGCAUAUACUAGGCUGUUUGUACUUUUUUAUAUACAACUUUAAUAGCUAAUUCUGCUAAGGCCAUUUUUUUAGAAAAUGCCGUCACUGACAAUGUUUCAUAAAAAUAAGCACACAGACCCUGGAGGAAGACUUAGCUGUUGUCAUCUAGAGUUCCAAUGGCAUGAAAUGGCAUCUGUGGAAUACAGUUGCACUAUUUUUUAAACUUCUCUGGGGAUUUGUACCAUUUUGAAAACAUUGGAAGUCUUGGUGGAAUUUGUUAGUAGCCCAAAACCCUUUGUAGCCGUAGAAGAGAUACUGAAGACAAAAAUAUAUAAAAUCCAGGAAUAAUUGUCUUACAGGAAAGAUGCACCUAUUUUACUCUCUCAGUUGGAGACUUGUAGUCAGUCGUAAGUCAUGUGCAGAGCCUCAUAUGCAGUUUUCCUUGGACAUACAUAGAUGUCUACACUGCUAGUUUCAGUGCAAGCCCUUAUCUUGCCUUGCUUUGCUUAUUUCUGUCCUCACAGAUCCCAUAACCCCUUUCCUCCAUGUUCAGAAACAUUUCUGUGUAAUUUCCAUGAGAAAGAAUGAGCAGCAUACCUGCCCAUUGGUGUUGCUUUUUACAUAACUGAUAGUGUAGACAAGAACUGAUUUUCAGAAAAACAUACAUUAACUAGACUUAAUUAGAAUUCUUUCUAAAAUGAGCCGAGAAAAAUUGGAUGCCGCAUUUUUCUGGUUAACAAUUUUGCAGAAAUCAGCUUUGUUUGCAUCAUGUCCAUUUAAGAAUAUGCCUGUAGAUAAUCAAUGAUUAUGGGGUGUGUUUUUCCCCUUUCUGGAAGAAUUUGGUUCUUUUCCUGGAGAUCAGGAGUAGAGAAGUGAUAAUAAAUUUCAAACCCACUUGGAAUGAAGGCAGUGAUUCCUCUGGGUCUAAAUAUUUUGCUAAAAAUUCACAUCAUGACCUUUGUUUUAGGAUCUUUUUAGCAAAAGACUCACUUUUUUGGGCAGCUGCAGCAUUGCUUUUGUGAUGUUAAUUUUUUAACAAAAAUAAAGCCACUUGAAAACUACUAAUCCUGCAAAUUACCAGAAGAUCCCCAAAUUUAUAUUUGUAAGAAGGAAGUUGUUUUAUUUUAUCAGUAAACAACUACUAAGAAAUGUAAAGGCCAUUUGAAUGUCAAACAACAUCUGGAAUUUUAAAAAAAAGAAUGAUGUAUAAACUAUUAGCAUCGGUUUUCUUACUUCUUAAAACCUUUACUCCUUGUUUGCAUGAUCCGCUUUGUUAAAUAUACUAAUUGUAGUUUGAAAGCAAGUGUGUAUGAAUAAAGAUAAUGAUCAUU